AUGAAAUAAUUAGAACAAUUCGCUAACACUUUUUAUGAUCUACUCCAAGCUUAACCUCAAAAACUGAGCAAUUUUAGAGUUAAGCUUAAAUUUUUAUUAUCCCAACUUAAAUUCUAAUAUUCCGAUCUUUUAGAAGAACAAUAGAAGUUAGCCAAAAAGAGUCCCAAUGAUUCUAAUAUCAUUCAAAAUUUGAUCUCAAAUUUACAGUAAGCCGAUAAAAGAGAUCAUUAAAUUGAGUAAAAUGAACUUAUAUUUUGCAACAAACUCUAAGAAUUAUUAAGAAAGUUGAAAAAACCAUAAAUAGAAAAUUUAAAGGAUCUAGUAUAAGAAGUCUUAACAGCCGACAUUAAACUUCUCCAAGAUAUAUCUAAAAUUAUUCAUCCUAUAUCUCCAUUACAUGAGAUACUAUCAUAAUUAAAAAAUUAUAUUGCUUAAGAAAAUACAUACUAUGAGGAUAAAGCACUCCUAAAAUGCCCUUUGCAAACCAUUCAUGCCAUUACUAAAGAAGCAGCUACAUCGCUGAUUAAAGGAGAUCAGAACUUAAUAUCAAUGCUGGAGGCUAAAGGGUAUUAAAUCAAAAGACUAAAAAACAAUGAAGAAAUCUUUUAUUAUCAAAGAUAUCUGGUUUCGUAUGUACUUAAGUCUUUGAUCUUCCAACUACAACUUCCUCCUGGAUUUGUAAUUAGAAUUUCGUCUUAUGAAUCAAAAAACAAGGAGUUGAGGAAAUAGUACUCUUAUUUCUUCAUUACUGCAAAAGUUGUAUAAUCCGAUUUAGUCAUCGAUAAGAUUGAGUUUGCCAAACACUACUUGGCUUUACAAUGCACUGAUCAUCUAGAUAGUGUUAUUCCAUAAUACUAUGGGGAUCUAUAGGCUUCCUUUUCGAAAGAUAUAUCCCCUCAAUUAACUAUGUAUGAACAAUUUAAAAACCCACUCUUGUAUUAUAAAAAAUACAUUUUUGAAGAAACCUAUAAACCAGCUGAAUUUGAUAAAUUUUAACCAUAAAACAUUUUUGAAAAUUUAUUGAAUUUCUUUUAAUUCCUUUCAGAUACAUAAUUGAAUGAUUUUCAUUACAAGUAAGAAGAAAAGAAUGAAGUGGUGAGAUACAAAUCACUUUAAGUAACUUAUGAUAUGAUGCAAUUGACAUACUAAAAAAUUAAGAAAUUAGAGGAUACCUUAAUAACAGUUCAAGAAGUAAUCUUUCCCUAGUAAUUAUGUGUUCGAUUAAUUUAAAUAACUGAAAAAAUGAAUUAGGUGUUCUUUUAAUUUUAAAGAUUGGACACAAGUAGAUUUUCAACAUUAAGUGAAUAUUAAGAAUACUUGGGUAAAAUAAACUUAGAGGAAUUAAUUCAUAAAAUUAUAGAUGCAAAACAUAUCACUAAAUAUAAUAAUUAAAUUAGAUAGAUAAAAUAAGAUCUAAAUCAAUUGGAAUAGUAGCAUGAGAAAUCAGUUGGAAAAUAAACAUAAAAUCCCAAUUUGUUGUCCCAAUAUUAUCUGCAAGGACCAAAAUGGAUUAUCAUAAAUUGCUGUUAAAAAAUAGAUAUCCAAUACGAAAUUAGUUUAACGAAUAGGAUUAAACUUUUGGACUUUUUGGCAAAUCUGAAUUUCCAUUUAGACACACAAUUUGUCAGUUAAUAAGAGCAUAUAUAUGAUUCAAUUGUCAAAGGGUUUAAUGAUUCUUGGUUUGAAUUAGAUUUAUGGAAGUAGGCAUUUAAAGCGAACUAUUCUAUCUAGUCGUAAUGUUAGUUUAAUAAUACUCUAUUUGUUGAACUAUUGGCAAUAUUAUUUUUUAAAGAAAACUACACAAAGUUAAAUUUGAAUAUUUUUGAAUCCUUAGAGUAAGUUUAAGAAAAUGAAAGAAAUUCCCAUAUCUUAAUAUUGUAUUUGAUGAAUAAAUGUUUUAAGGGAGACUUAGGAUUUGGAAAACACAUCACUUUAGUGGAAAGUGCAUUGAAACAUAAGAAAUUUUAUCUUUUAUUAAAAUUAUUGGAAAACAAUUAAGGAUAGAAGAUUAGAUUUGAAUAUUUUAAUUACCUUCUGGAUGAAACUUAGAAUCUAUUUUCAUAAUCUGCAUAUUUUUCAAAUUUAUCAGAGAAUGAUACAAAAUAUCAUGAAUAAAUAUUUGAUUAGAUUGCAAAGAUUCAUCCCUAAUUGGAAGGAAGAUUGAGAUGGGAUCAUUUUUGGAAUUAAAUAGUUAAAAACUUUGGAGAUCAUACUCUAAAAAUAUUGGGUCGUGGAUUUUGGAGUUUAAAGGAAGAGUAAUAUAAAUAGAUAUUCGUUAAUAACCAAUUGGGGAAUUAGGGAGAAAUUCCUAGUUAUUUGGAAUUGAGUUUAAUUGCAUAGAUUAACAAGAAUAAUAAUAAGAAUUACUCAGUUCUAAAAGUUAAUGAUCCAUUCAUUAACUAAUUAUUGUUUAUUCAACCUAAUUUCCCCUUAUAAAAGUUUAUGGCUUCCUAAUUAUAUCAAUUAAUACAGUUAGAUUAAUUUAGUUCAAGGGUUGAAUUAAUUCAAAAUGAUUAAUAAAUCUAUUCAGUCUAUUAAGUAAUAAAUCAAUUCAAUAACAACAAAAGAUCAAAAGUAACAAUUGCUCAAUUUUUGUAACACAAUGAAUACAAUGAGUAAAGAUUAAGAAAUUGUAUUGGAAAUUAUAAUUUGGCUAAUAAAAUUGUACUCUGUAUCUUAUUAUUAUCUACAAAUACCUCUCCUGAUGAAGAGUUAUUAGUCCCUUGUGGAAAUUACUUGUCACCAGUUUCUACUAAUUUCUAUUUCAAUCCUCAAUUUGAUAACUUCAUCAAUUCCCAUGGUUUUGAAAGAGAAGGUGAGAGUGUUAAGCUAUGUUGUCAUAAUAUUUACUUCUUAAUGCAAUUUAUGAAGGAAAAAAUAGAUUAUUAACUCUUACAAAACUUUUAGAAUAUUACAUUAACUAUUCAACAAUGGCUCAAACAAUUAAGUUAAAUUGAAGCUACUGCAUCAUAAUCAGCUGGACUAUUAUUAUUACCAUUAUAUAAGGAGAAUAUGAUUGAGUUAGUUAGGAGAGCUACCAUAAUUUAAAAUUUAAUCACAAAACCCAACUUUCAUAUUACAUACUUGGACUUAUUGAAAUUAUGCGAUAAGAAUUUAGGAGAAUUUUAUUAAAUCUUAAUAGAAAAUCAUACUCUUAAUUUAAUUAAUAAAUUUGUUGAAUUACCACAACUCUCUACCAACUCUGAUAGUUUAAUAUUGUCUGAUUUCAUAAAUUUUAGAGAGAGUUUUGCUUAUAUGAAAUAUCCAUCUGGAUUUAAUGUAAGGAAUAUGAUUGGUCCCUAUAAAGGAUUGAAAAUGUUUCUCAAAUAUUCCAGAUUGCUGUCAACGACUACUUUGUAGAAUUUCCAUAAAAAGCUUGCUGUAAUAAAGAAACAAUAACAUUUUUAAAUGUUAAUGAAAAGUUUUGAAUGGAGAAAUUUCAAAGACAAUGAAAUUCAAAUUGCAUUCUAGUAAUUGUCUGAUUAUUCAAAAGAUUUUAAUAAGCCUUUCGAACUAGUUAACUUUAAAGAAUUGUAAUCUAAAUAAUUUCCCCAAUUAUUUCAAUCUUUGUAAUUAAUUAGAAUCAAAAUUCUUAAUUUAUCAUACGUUGAUGCUGUAAAUGAUAAUUUUCUAUUUGACAUUGCUUAACAUUGUACUGAAUUACAUGUUUUAAAUCUGAGUGGAUGUUAGAAUGUGCAUUAAAUUGGAUAGAUUUCGAAUAUCUUAAAUAUUGGAAAUUAAAAGCAACUCUAAUUUUAGAGAUUAAAAACAUUAAUUGCUUAGAAUUUACCAAAUGUAAAAUCGAUUGAGAUUAGUGGACAAUUUCUAUAAAAUUUAAAUGUCAAUUACUGCAAGAAUCUUUAAACAGUAUACACAAACAAAAUCAAAUUAACACGAGUUUAAGCUAAAGGUUGUGUAUCAUUACAGUUAGAGAUAGUUUAACUUUGGAUAAUCUAAGGAGUGAGGAUUCUAUUUGAUGAACAUACAUCCUAAGGUUCUUUGAAAGGAUUUGUUUAGCCAUAACUAAUAAUAGAUGUAGAUAAGGAAUUUAAUUACGAUAAAAUUUAUUUAGAGUUGAUAUUUUAAUUGUUGAGUGAUUUGUAUGAUAAAAUAUUACAUUAGGAUCAAUAUAUAAAAUCUCCAUUCCCUUAAUUCUUUUUGAAAAAUGGGAUUAUUAGUGAUGAUUUUGAAUUCUAAUUUAGAGGAUUUCUCCAGAACAAAUUUGAUGAAUAGAAUAAGAAAAAGAUAUUGUAGUGCUUGUUCACAUGCUUGUUUUAGAAUGAGUAAAUUAAACAACUUGAUUUGAAAUCGAUGUUAAAGAAUAGAGGCUAGGAAAGGAUAAAAAUAUUAGAUUAAUUCUUAGGUGAUUUUAUCUAAGCAAUCCAUUUAACAAUAGAAGAUUAGGAUUCCAAAGUUAAAUAAAUUGCAAAAGAAUUCUUUUUAAAAGUAGAAUCACUUACAAUUCCCUGCUCAAAAGAAGAUAUUAUAGAUAAAGUAGCCUAAUUAAUUAGAUAAAUUUAAAAUUAUAGAACUACUUUAAAUAUUAGUUUUACCAACCUGAAGGUAAUAGGUAAUGAUAUCAUUGGCAAAUUCUUUGAAAAAAUAUAAAGGAAUGAUAAAUAAAUCCAUAUACAAUAGAUUGAUUUUUCAGGGAAUAGUCUUGAGAGAGAAAAUUUAAAGAACAUAUUUUAAGUUAAUAAUAUCAUAUAAGUCAAUAUUCAAUAAUUAAUAUUAAGAAAUGCAGGCAUUGAUGAUAAAAUUUUGUUGGAAAUAGCAGAGUAUUUCUGGGAAUGUGAGAAUUUAAAAUUAAUUGAUUUGAGUUAAAAUCAUUUGACCAAAAAAAGCUUGAAUAAGUUAUUUGAAGAUGGAAGAAAUUUAGCCAAGAUUCCUCUGAAUAAUAUUAAUCUUAGUGAGAAUUUGAUAGGAGAUGCAAAUUUCCAGAUUCUUGCUGAAAUUGAAGAGAAGUAGUGGUAGAACAAAGAAUAGAAUAUGUUAUAUUUAAAGAGUACAAUCUUACGAAAUUGUUUUGAAUAGAAUUUGGAUAUUUAACCUUUUUGUGAUUUUGUCGCUUAAAGUUACAUGCUAUAAAUUUUGGAUUUAAGAAAAAAUAGUUUUAGUGAAGAAGGAAUGUAAUAGCUAUCAAAAUCAAUUGGAAAAAGUAAAUCAUUAACAACAUUGUACUAUUAGAACAAUUAAAAAACAAGCUAAGCAAUUUUGAUUUAAGAAAUUAUGAAAAACACUCAUCUUAAUAGUUUAGAGAUUAUUUUAUCCCAUCAAGCACAUUAUGACGAAGAAUUUUUGAAGAUUUUCAAUUAUUCUAGUAUAAAAAACUUAGAAAUAACAUUACCUAUUAUAACUGAGGAAGAGAUGAAAUAAUUAGUUGAACUACUUAAAUCAAAUAUUUCUUUGGUUAAAUUUAAAUUGAAUAUUAGUAAUAAUGAUAUUAAGUAAAGAACCUUUUACAAACUUGGACUUUCGAAAAUAAAGAACAUUAUGGAAAUUAAGGAGGAAUCUAAUAAAGAUAUAUACUUUUAUGAUCCAUUUUACAAACAAGACACUUUGAGAAUAGAUGUAUAAGAUUAUUGUUAAAUGGGUUUAUCAAUUGACGGAGGAGGUAUCAGAGGAUUGAUGCCAGCCACUAUUAUAAAUUAUAUAUGUAGUGAGAUUAAAAAAGAGCCCUAUUAAAUCUUUGAUUGUGUUGGUGGUACUUCUAUUGGAGGAAUCUUGGCAUUGGCCAUGACUGGAACUUAAGAUGGAGUUCAUCCAUUAGCAGACAAGGAUUAACUUGUGAAAUUCUUUACAGAGGAUGGCAAGAUAAUAUUUGAUCAAUAGAAGAGAGGUGUUUGGAGUUUGAUUAAUAAAUCAAAGUAUGAUGCCAAAGGAAUUGAAUCAGUUUUGUAAAGAUAUACUGGAACUGCCAAAUUGAGUGAGACUUUGCCUCACACAAAUGUAAUAGUGACUGCAGUAAAACUAUAAAAACAUAAGGGAGAUAAUAUGGCCAAAGUGUUCAGUUCAAGAAAAGCUAAAUUAGAUCUAACUGAAAACUUCCUUAUUAAAGAUGUUGGCAGAGCAACUUCUGCAGCACCAACAUAUUUCCCAGCUGCUUAAAUUAAGUCGUUAGCUGGCAAAGAGUAUUAAUUUAUUGACGGGGGUGUUGGUAAGAACAAUCCUGCAAAUUUGGUUUUAGAUGAUUUAAAAAAGGGCAUGCUCAAUAAAGAUAAAGAUAACUUCUUCGUUCUCAGUAUAUCGACUGGGGUAUCAAAAUAGAAGUAACAUCUUUAAGUUGAUGAAGGUAUAAUGGGAGUAGUAAGGAUUUUAGAUGCUUUUGGAGAGAGCAACUAAGAUUUUGUAGAUUUAGAAUUGAAGAAAAAUUAAGGAAAAUAUCUACGUAUUGUUCCAGAAUACGAUUUACCAGAAAGUCAAGCUUAAUUGGAUUGCACGGACGUCAAAAUAUUGGAAGAAUAUUAAUCUGCUGCAACAACAGCAGCCUCUCAAUUUUUGGAAUAAGAAAAGUUUGGAUAAUACCAAGAUAAAACAUUUAUAAAGUGGUUAGAAGAAAAUACAGCAAGAAGAUUAGAAUCAUUAUGAUAUCAUAUAUAAAUAUAUAAUUUCAAGUUCAUAUUAUUAAAA